AUGUCUGACGACCAACAACAUAAUAAGACGUUUGCUAAUGUCUUUUCAUAUUGGGUGGUCAAAGAUAAGAAUGUCAACAGACAAAAUAAUAAUAAUAAUAACAACAACAACGUUAGACCAAUUAUAAUUCCUAAAAAGUUAAACCAAAACAACAAUGUAAAUCAGUCGCAAAUUCAACAACAACCACAACAACCACAACAACAACCUGUACCAUUAGAGCAACCACAACAACCACAACAAGAGAAACCACAACAACCUCAACAACAACAACAACAACCUAAAAAUAAUGUCACUUUUAUAAAUAAUUCAUAUCAAACUAAUCUAAGAGGAUAUCAGGCAUCGUCUGCCUCAGAUGAAAAGGUUGAUGAAUCUGAAGAUCAACCGGUUUCCGCUUAUUCUAUAAUGCCAAUGUCGUCAGGUAGCGAGAGUGAAAGAGAGUCCAACCGUAAUCUAUUCAGAAGAGGAGUAGCUGGAUUGAAUAUAUCAUCAUCUGACUCAUCUAAUUCUGCCUAUGCCAAUGUUGAUGGGGCAGAUCGUCCAAUCAAUUCCUCUGGUUACACAGUUGUCACCGAUACAGAGAAUUCCUACAAUUCAUCUACCUACUCAUCAUACUCACCAAUUCAUUCGACUGGAUCAAUCUACACACCACUAUCAUCCUACUCUGCCGGUGGAGCAAGUACCUAUUCUACCUUCUACAACUUAUCAUCUCCAAAUAUCAAUAGUAACAACAACAACAACAACAACAAUAUCAACUAUAGUAAUGGCAGUAAUUAUUCCAAUGAUAGUAUGGAGUUUGAUAAACCAAUUGGUGAUUCAACAGAUGAUGAUAAUGAUGCUUAUGAUAAUAAUAAUAGGAAUGAUAAUAGAACAGAACGUGAAAGAUCAUUACUUCAAAGUAGAGAAGUGAAGGAUGUCGGUAGAGAUUGGAAUCGUGAAUUCCAAAAUCUGUUGAGAAUGCAACCAACAUUGGAUAAGUUCCAAAAGUUGACUUUUAUGGCUAUGGAUUUUGUAAAGGCUGCCGAGACCUAUGGACGUAUCAUUAUCAAGGAGAUGUUCAUGCCGGUCAAGAGUAAAACGAUUCCACCUAUCGAUAUCGGUGGGGUUGCUGGCGGUGAGAAGUACAUCUGUCAGAACAUCUUGUUCAAGUUUGCCUACGACCAAAAGAUAGGAGGAAGUUGGCUAUACGGUGGAAAAGUGCCUUCGGAUUUCGGUGCAUCGAAAGCGGCCGGCAAUGAGCUGCGUGGUCUCUCUUUCUUCUUCCAGAAUAUCAUGGAUCAUGAUUGUGCCGAUCGCAUCAAUGUUCCACUGAUGUGUAUCAUCGAUUACUAUGGAUAUCGUCUCGUUGCCAUCUCGCUUUUGCCCAUCACCAAAAAAACUCUCAUCUAUGGAAGUUGUGACGGUGGAAACACAGUACAUGACGACGUACCGGAAGUCAAUGAAAUCAUGGAGCGUGUCUCCAAAGGAAUGAAUCUCAGUGGUCAUCUCUCUGGUAUCAAUCCCAAAUUCAUCUACGGACCUGGUGAUUUUGAAAUUCACCAAUCGGCAAACAAUGAAUUCUACGCAUUGGAUUUCGCCAGAUUACUUCCACCCCAAGCUUAUUUCGAUGAUUCAGGUAAUGCAAUUGCACAUAGAGAUGUAUUCUAUAGAUUGUUGAGACCGGAGUUCUUAAGGACAUGGGAGAAGCCGUUGAAUUCCGAUGCUUUCACUGGAUGGAGUAGUUGUGAUCCCGAUCAGGAACAACAUAACCAAGAUGUUGCCGAUGCCACUAAACAUCUUUUUGAUGUUGUUAUAAGACAGGCGGCAUUGGAGUUAGAGGCAAGAACAGAGGAUGAAGAAAGUUUCGAUGUUGCCGUCGAAGUUCACAAGCUGGGAAUCAAUCUUCGUCAUCUUGGUCGUUUGCGUAGUCAGAUCGAUAGCCACAAGAAACAAAUUCGUAAGCAUAUUCUCAAUGAGAUGAUUGUGCGUGUGCUAAAGGGUGAGAUCAAAGAUGAGUUGCGUAUCAAGUUGCGUGGUCACUUUAUUGGUUCCGAAGAGAAGUGUAUCGAUACCAUCGUCAGUUUCUUGAAUCAUGUAUUCAAUGUCAAUAGAUUCAACAAUGAGAAGGAGUUCUGGACUAUAACAAUCAAGUCAUUGCUACUCGACAAGUAUGGAAGUAACUGUGGAUUGACACCGGAUGAGCUCGACACGAAGUACGAUCUUUCCAACUCCAUCUCCAUCACCGAGGUGAUGAGCAGAUUCCAAGCGAAAACUGGAAUCAAAUUGUCAUCGCGUAUCAAGACAAUACUGGAGAAGUACAGCUCCAACAGCAAUGUUAAUUCUCUCCCAAUGGUUUUGUACACCGAUGUCAAGUCGGUCAGACCCAUCAUCAAGCAUUCCAACCUCAUUGCCAGAUCCGAAGGUAUCUCCCUCUACAUGAAGGCACUGGAGUUCAUCUAUGCCAACACAGUCUACUAUGGAAAGGAACCAAAGGAGCCCGAUUUCACUCGUUUCAGUAAGAUUUUUGCUGAGGAGCAUAGUUUACUUGACAGUUGUCGUCAGAAAUUGGAGUUGGCUUCGAGAUCUUCAACUACCGACGCUUCUCUCCACCAUCUUCUCGGACUGGUUGACGUUGAAAAAGUUAAGCUCAACUGGAAUUCAUCGGCCAACGAUCUACACGGAAACAAUCAUUUGAUGUUGAAACGUGCAGAGAAGACACUGAUUGCAUCGCUUGGUUACCAUGACUCGCCAGGUCCUAUUAUUACACUUGCCACUGUUCACAACAUGCGAUCCGAUCAUGUCAAGGCACACGCCACCUACCAACGAUUGAAAGCAUUCGAGCCACAACUAUUCGUGCCAAGUCUCUAUGAAAGUGCAUCGCUCUACGCACCCUAUUUCACCACACCCAAACAUCUCUCAUACCUCGCCAUUUCCGCACAUCAGCUUUUCAUUUUGGUCGGUAUUUUAGAGUCAUUGCCAGCGGACCACCAGCUUGUCAAGCAGUAUCUACAUAGCAGCUAUAAGAUUCUCUGUGUUAUUCUACUGAGAAGCAUCUCAUUGAAGAAUUGCGAGGUUGCUCGUAUCCUAGAGGCCCUCCACGAUAUAUUGCAUCCCUCAGCAGAGAAAGCAGCGGAAUAUAGCUUUAGCUUGGCAAAAACAUUUGGUCCAUUUAUGGAGCGUGUCUUAAAAUAUGACCCAGCAAUCUUUGACGAUAUACUGCUUGCUUCAACCAAGCUAAACUAUGGAAGUGUACACUUUAAUAGUUUCGUGAGAUAUAUCGAUCACGUUCCUUCGCUUGAGCCAAUUAUCGUUCGUAGUUUGACAAGUCAUCCACUAUCAUCGAUUUCUUAUGAUUAUUUGGAAUCUUUAUUUACUGAUGCCGAUGCUUUAGAAUCAUUGUUAAAAUUGAAAUGCCAGUUGGAUCUACUGGUUUACCGUAAGACCAAUCCAAACUUUGUCAACUUGCUACAAUACCAAAACAAUCUCACAACAAUGGUGAUAACGAAUAUCUACCUCCAAGACGACGAAGCAUUCCUCGGAAUGUUCCGUUGUAUUAAACCAACAUUGACCACCUUUAAAAUGUCAUCGGUGCGUUACACCCAACCAAAUCCAGUUGUUCCAGACGAACUUAUUAUCAGCUGUCCGAAUCUCAAGGAAGUAUCGCUCAGAGACAUUGAAUUUGAGACUCCAUCAUUCCAAUCGCUCUUCAAAAUCAUUGCGCCGGUUGUUGAGAAUUUGAUUCUCGAGAGGGUCCCAAUGGAUGAAAUGCCCGAGGUAUUCCAAUCUAUGAACAAACUAAAACAUCUGGAACUAUAUUCUGUUCACUAUGUCGAUGUUAAACAAUUGCCAUCGUCCAUCACCUCUUUUGGUUGUCAUUCCGAUUUUAACAGUCAUCCUGAAGGCGAGCCAUUUGUCGAGCCAUUCAUGAAACAGUGUCCAAAUAUCACUGACCUACAAAUUCAGAACUACGGUCACAAGUUCUAUGACGAGCUGGCAAUCCUCAAGAAAUAUCCUUUCAAACGUUUGCGAUUGGGUUUGAACAACGCCAUUCUCAGCGAGCAGAAUAUGCAAGAGGGAUUGGAUGUCUGGGGUAAUAGCAUCGAGGAUCUCUAUCUAAACAUCAAUUCCUACGGUACCUUUGAGUUUAUUGGACAAACCAUCAGUUCUUUAUCACUCCUCAGAAAGUUGGAUCUUGGUUGUUAUAAAUUCGAUGACGGUCAUCUCACUAUGGUAAUAGAUAAACUUCAACUGUUGGAGGCAUUCAGGUUCGAUGCCAAUGCCAUUCAAUUGACACCACAACCGAAACCACAUCCAACUCUUUCCAAGGUAAAGAUGAGUGGACUACGCGCACCAACCAACAACUACAUCAACCUCGGUUUGAUUUUCCCUCAACUCAAAGCAUUGGAAAUAUCGAAUCCAGUCAACGUCAACGAUACAUGCUUCAGAAAGUUGCUAGAGAACGUUAAAUCACUUGAAUCACUCCGAUUGGAAUCGUGUUUCGAUAUUACCGAUGCUUCCAUCAUUGCUUUGUGUUCAUCUGAUAACAUCUAUACACUUAUCAACCUAUCUAUUGUUACAUCAUUGAAUAUCUCUGACUCAUCCUAUGUGAAAUUGGCUGAAACAUGCACCAAGCUCCGUAGUCUUGACAAGGUUGGAUCUCCAUUCCACAGAUUCACAACUGAACAAUAUUUUGGUGCCAGAUACACUAAACUCAGUGAAUCAACUUAUGACCAAGUUAAAAGUUGGCCUAGGGAACCAAGUUUGUCAACUUUCCACUUUCUACUUUCACAAAAGAUUAAUUUAUCAAAUGAACAAUAA